AUGGUCAAACUAAACGUCGGAGUUCUUCAACUUAAUCCCAGGAUAGGAAGUGUAAAGGCAAAUAUUGAACAGGCAAAUACUAUACUAGCCAGUCAUGGAUAUCUUACUCCAUUAACAAAUAUAACAAAUGGUGUAAAAUCGCAUGUGCCACGAAGUAAACUCGAUCUUUUAAUUCUUCCUGAGCUCGCAUUUACUGGCUACAACUUUAAGUCACCUCUAGAAAUCAAACCGUAUCUAGAACCUACCACAUCUGGUGUAUCAACGGAAUGGGCUAAGCAAACUUCACGCGCAUUAGGUUGUCAUGUUCUUGUCGGAUAUCCAGAAAAAUAUUUCAAAAAAGUUCAAUCAAUACACGAGACAUCUUUCCCCACAAAUAUAACAUCAAAAAUAUCAAACAAAUUGAGCGGUAAUGAAUUAACACCAACCCUAAAUGAUGACCAUGAUUACACUGUUUAUAAUUCAGCAGUAAUGGUUUCACCAACAGGAUCUGUACUGUUCAAUUAUAGAAAGUCAUUUUUGUAUGAUGCUGAUGAAACAUGGGGCUGCUCUGAGUCUCCUACCAUGAAAAAUGGACCCGAUAGUCCUGACGUUUUUCCUUUAACCGGUAUCAUUAUGAUUGAUCAAAAAAAUGAGACCGGUAGCACGGUUGAUCAAUUAAAUAAUAGAGAAAGUUUACCAAAAAUACCCCUUAAAGUCCAGGUGGGCAUUUGCAUGGAUCUGAACCCUUAUAAAUUUCAAUCUCCAUUUUCAAAUUUUGAAUUUGCGCAUGCUGCUAUACACAAUGAUGCUUCUCUUAUUUUGUGCCCAAUGGCCUGGCUACACAGUAAGUCGCCAGACAUUCCUAAACAAAGUGAAUUUGACGGUACCCCAGAAGCUUACGAUAAACAACGAAAAGAGAAGCUUCAUUCUAUUGAAAACAAUUUCAAUAACGACCCCAGUUCAGCAGAUAUGAGCAAUGUUAAUUACUGGAUACAUCGCAUGUCGCCUUUGUUUCGCGAUGAGUACUUAAGUUCUCGAGAAAAAACAACGUACAAGCAUAAAAAAAUUCUAAUGGCUACAUGUAAUAGAUCGGGAAUUGAAGAUUAUACGGCUUAUGCAGGAUCUAGUAGCAUAUAUGUGUUCAACGAAGACAAAAAGAUUGGUUAUUAUGGAUCACUGGGCCAGGGUGAAGAAUCUUUAAUGGUUUGUGAAGUUGAAGUGGAUGAAUAA